CUCAAUCCCCUCUACACCUUGUACUGCGAGAGCGCGUGAGGGAGCGAGUUGAGUGUGCGUGUGCGCGCGCGCGCUGGGUGACUAGUUUAACUUUUCCUCACGAACGCUGUUCUGAUUUAUUGUUUGUUUGUUUGUUUGCUUGUUUUCAUCAUCAUCAUCAUCAUCAUCACCAUCAUCAUCUCUCUCCGGAGGUAGAGGAGGCGCGGCGUUGGCGGAUGUUCUCACCUCUCAGAAGCGUCUUUAUCAUGGAGAACCUCCUUCUGCGCUCCGUGUCGUUACCGUGAAGCCUCACCGGAGUCAUGUGGAGUUGCACGGGCGCUUUCCUGCACUCGGUUUGCCUCAUUUUGACGUUUUGGUUUGAGGUGUGCUGGGCGUCCGGUUACGUGGAGCUGCGUGUGAUCAGCGUGGAGAACAGGAACGGGAAGCUGGCGAGCGGAGGGUGCUGCGGCGGAGAGAGGGGCGCAGGGCAGGGCCAGGGGUGCGGUGCUGUGGAGUGCAACACGUAUUUCAAGGCGUGUCUGAAGGAGUACCAGGUGGACGUCAUGACCUCGGGCCCGUGCACAUAUGGAACGGCCAGCUCGGCCGUCAUCGGGGGCAACACGGUUUGGCUCGAUGGAUUUGGUAAUAACCGGAACAAGGGCAACAAUGUUGGGACUUUAAUCAUUCCGUUCCAGUUCGCCUGGCCGCGAGCUUACACACUCAUCCUGGAGGCAUGGGACAACAGCACCGUCAGCAUUGCUGACAUGUCAGAUGAAAAGCAGCUGAUAGAGCGGAGCAUGUAUCGCGGAGAGAUGAACCCUGGAGACGAGUGUCAGCUAAACCAGCACCUCGGCCUCACCGCCACUUUCCAGUACAGCAUGUGUGUGCGCUGCGAUCGCCAUUACUACGGCAACAAGUGCAACACACUGUGCCGACCCCGCGACGACCUCUUUGGCCACUACGAGUGCGAUCACCAUGGCAACCAGCAGUGUUUGGAGGGCUGGACUGGGUCCGACUGCAAGAAAGCGAUCUGUAAGCAGGGCUGCAGUGAACUGCAUGGAAGCUGCACCGUCCCGGGUCAGUGCAUGUGUAGUUACGGCUGGCAGGGUCCCCUGUGUGACGAGUGUGUGCCGUACCCAGGCUGUGUGCACGGCACGUGUGUGAAGAAGUGGGACUGUAUCUGCGAAAGGAACUGGGGAGGGCUGUUCUGUGAGAAAGACCUGAAUUACUGCGGCAGUCACCGGCCGUGUGUGAAUGGAGGGACCUGUAUGAACACCGAGCCGGACGAGUACCUCUGCGUCUGUCCCAACGGCUACUCGGGCAAGAACUGUGAGAUAGUGGAACAUGCAUGCAUGUCCAACCCAUGUGCCAACGGCGGGACGUGUCACGAGAUUCUAUCCGGAUUCGAAUGCCACUGCCCUGCAGGGUGGUCAGGGACGACCUGCGCCAAAGACAAAGACGAGUGCAUGUCCAGUCCCUGUGCACACGGAGGAACCUGCAUCGAUCGGGAUAACGGCUUCAAGUGUGUGUGUCCUCCACAGUGGACGGGGAAUACCUGCCUGAUAGACGUGAAUGAGUGUGUGAAGAGAUCUUGUGCAAACUCUUACUCAUGUAAAAAUCUGAUUGGCGGAUAUCACUGCGUCUGCUACCCCGGGUGGGCGGGACCAAACUGUGACAUCAAUAUUCACACGUGUUAUGGUCAGUGUCAGAACGGCGGCACGUGUACAGACGGGCGUCACGGCUACGUGUGUCAGUGCCAGCCGGGGUUUGUGGGUAAGCACUGUGAGGUGCAGCAGAGCGUGUGUGUGAGCUCUCCGUGUCAGAACGGCGGUCAGUGUCGCGCCACACACACCUCCUACGAGUGUCAGUGUGUGAGCGGAUACACAGGGACACACUGCGAGGUACAGCUGGACCCGUGUGUUCCUAACCCGUGUGUAAAUAAAGCUCAGUGCCACGCCCUGCAGUCAGGGUUCUACUGCGAGUGUGCUGAUGGGUACGAGGGCAGAACCUGCGCCGAGCUGACGGACCACUGCAAGAUCAACUCAUGCCAAGUGAUUGACAGCUGCACCAUUUCCGUGGCGAACAACUCCACCCAGGAAGGGGCGUGGCACAUUUCCUCUAAUGUGUGCGGACCGCACGGCCGCUGUGUCAGCCAAUCAGGAGGCAACUUUACCUGUGCCUGUCUGCCAGGGUUUACAGGGACCUACUGCCAUGAGAAUGUUAAUGACUGCGCUUGGUCUCCGUGUUUGAACGGGGGAACAUGUUUAGACGGCAUUAACUCGUUUAGCUGUGUCUGCCGUGACGGAUGGGAGGGUCAGCUCUGUGACCACGAAGUGAAUGAGUGUGAGUCAAAGCCGUGUAUGAACGCUGGUCUCUGUGUCGACCUGCUCAACGAUUUUUACUGCCACUGCACGGACAACUGGAAGGGCAAGACCUGUCAAUCACGAGAGAGUCAGUGUGACUCCAAGACGUGUUUGAAUGGUGGAACCUGCUUCGAUCACGGAGACUCCUACCGCUGCGUGUGUCCACCUGGUUUCAGUGGCAGCACCUGUAACUCAGCCGUGAACAGCACAUGUGACUCUCAGCCAUGCGCUAACGGGGGGACGUGUGUCGAAGGGGGCGGGGCUUUCACUUGCAUCUGCAAGGAUGGGUGGGAGGGGCCUACUUGUACCGAGAAUGUUGAUGACUGUAAUCCUCAUCCAUGUUAUAACGGAGGGGAGUGUGUGGAUGGAGAGAACUGGUUCCGGUGUCAGUGUGCUGCUGGGUUUGCUGGUCCGGACUGCCGCAUCAACGUGGACGAGUGUCAGUCGUCUCCCUGCUCUUACGGAGCCACAUGUGUGGACGAGAUUAACGGGUACCGGUGUGUGUGUCCACUGGGCCGGGCCGGAUCUCGCUGUCAGGAGUUUAUUGGUGUUGGUAAGGCGUGUCAGCACGUGGGCGUGUCUGUUCCACACGGCUCUCGUUGGGAAGAUGACUGUAACAGCUGUCAGUGUAUGAACGGAAAUAUCAAGUGCACAAAAGUGCACUGCGGCGGUCGGCCAUGUCUGCUCGGCUCCCAGGAACCUGACUGUACCGGAGCUCAGGAGUGUACGCCGCAUCGCUUCCUGUUUUGUCUCCGCCCACCGUGCCAGCCGUGGGGCGUGUGCUCCGAUCCCGAUCCUCUGCCACGGAACACGGAAUGUCAGCCCAACUCCGAUUACACAGACAGAGACUGUGCUCGCGUCACCCUCGUGUUCGAUACAGACAGCCUGCCUCCGGGAACAACUGUCGAUGGGAUCUGUUCCGAACUCAGACAUCUGCCAAUCACACGAACCCUCGCUCAAGACCACACCCUCUUUAUCCUCUGUGACCAAUCACAAUCGAGCAGCAGUGCCGUGGAGGUUGCCAUGUCAUAUGAACAGAGUGCAGGGUUUGAGGAGCACACAGACAUACAGAAAGUAGUCAGCUCCAUCAUCGGCGUCCUCUCCAAGCGCCACAACAGCACGCUGCUGCUGGCCAUCCGAGAGGUCAAAGUUGAGACCCAGGCCACGCCAAGAUCUCUGGAUUACCUGGUCCCGCUGCUGUGUGUGCUGUUCUCCGUGUUGUGGAUCUCCUGCAUGGUAGUGUGUAUCUGCUGGUUCCGCAAGCGCAGGAAAGCGGUAGAAAGCCUCGGCGCUCCGGUGGAGGAGAGCAUCAAUAACCAGCGAAGGGCGUGUCUCAGCCUUCAGGCCUCUUACAGGGAGGACAGGAGGAGCGUGACGUAUCCGCUGGACAGGAUCGGAGACGGGGCGGAGAAACAGGACGAAGAGGACGAGGACAGCGGAGGAGAGGAAGGAGGAAGCUCCAGUUUGGUGGUGGAUAAGUGCCCUUCCUUAAAGUACACUAAAGGGGAGGUAGUGUACACCGUUUGCCCCACAGUCCAGAGCCUCCCUUUAAGGACGCACUACAAAGACAACCGGUGUAAAGACGUGAACCGGAGCAGACGAGUCAAUGAUCACUGACCGCUGUCUGGAGUCUGUUCCAGAUUCUUCACUCUUGCACAUUUCUGUUUUUUUUUUUUUUUUUUAAUAAAGGACCUGUCUCUGUGGUUGCAGCGGUUGAAUCUAGAAACAGCCGCUCGGGUCUCUCGCAGCAGUUCUUCACGUCAUCACACGUGUGGAUCGUGUGUAAUAUGUGUCACUAGCGGAUUUUCUGGACUAUAAGAUUCCUCUUUUAAUCGCUGAUGCAACAUUUACAGCGUUAAAGUCAUGUUUAUGUUAGCGUUUUUUUUUUUUUUUUUACUUGUCACUAUUUUUUUUAUAACAUAAAUAUAGGUUCAUUUUUUUAUUCAGACACAUUAUGAGAAAUACACUAUAUUGCCAAAAGUUUUGGGACACCCCUCCAAAUCAUUGAGUUCAGGUGUUGUUUUUCAGGGGUUGGUUUCGGCCCCUUAGUUCCAGUGAAAGGAACUCUUAAUGCUUCAGCUUCAUACCAAGACAUUUUGGAUAAUUUCAUGCUCUUUGUGGGAACAGUUUGGGGAUGACCCCUUCCUGUUCCAACAUGACUGCACACCAGUGACCAAAGCAAGGUCCAUAAAGACAUGGAUGAGUGAGUUUGGUGUGGAGGAACUUGACUGUCCUGCACAGAACACCUGAUAGAACACCUUUGGGAUGAAUUAGAGUGGAGACUGUGAGUCAGGCCAAAGUUGGGACGUCUGUCUUUACAUGCACAUGAAUGUAAUAUGGAGUUGCCCCGCCCUUUACAGUUAUAACAGCUUCAACUCUUCUGGGAAGGCUUUCCACAAGGUUUAGGAGUGUGUUUAUGGGAAUUAUGGACUGUUCCUCCUGAAGAAGCACAUUUGUGAGGUCAGGCACUGAUGUUGGAUGAGAAGGUCUGGCCCACAGUCUCCACUCUAAUUCAUUCCAAAGGUGUUCUAUGGGGUUGAGGUCAGGACUCUGUGCAGGUCAGUCAAGUUCCUCCACACCAAACUCACUCAUCCAUGUCUUUAUGGACUUUCUUUUGUGCACUGGUGAAAAAUAACACCUGAAUUCAUUGAUUUGGAGGGGUGUUCCAAACUUUUGGUAAUAUAGUGUAUCAUAAUUUAAUAUUUUGUUAUUUUUUAUUCCCUCCAAGCAGGUAGCAGCUAUAUUUCUUCAAUUGUGUUUAUAAAAGAAACAACACAAUCACAAAAAAACCCCAAACGUCUCCAGCGGUCAGUAAUGACUCUAAUUUUGGUUCAGUCAUGUUAAGCUUUAAAUUAAAAAAAGUUAACAGGUUCAGGGUUUUUCCUUCUAUAAAACAGACAGAAAACGAUUCCCAGCAGUGUAAAGUGACGCUCAUUUCUAAAUUAAGUCAUUCAAAUCAUCAUAAAACUUUAACAAGAAACCCAAGGCAAGCAAAAAUCCAUCAUGAGAAUGAUUAUUAAUAAAAAAUAUUAUUGUGACUAUUUUUAACAGAAAGUUGUUUAGGACUGACCAAACUCACCAAAACUGAAGCUAAAUCAGUGAAAUAAUAGUUAAAUGCUGAGUCUAGACGUUAUUUUUGAGCAAGACGAGUUGUUUAGUGUUGUUAAUCAUUGUGGGGUCAUUCGGGGGCUUUUAUAUAUGGAUGUUUUUAUUUUCUGGAACAAUCUAUAGUCCGGAAAACACGCAGGCGACUAGAUGGAAAGUCAACGGCUAACUAACCGUCCAGUCCUCCGUCGUUCAUCUCAUCACGUCUGUGUGUGUGUGUGUGUGUGUGUGUAAUAAACGCUUAAAGUGUGUUGCUUCACUCUGCGACGUUUCUGUUUUUCGAGCUCGUCUCCAAUUUUGACAGAAAGAAAACCUUUUUUUUUUAAUUCAUAAAGACUAAAAUUUAUGUCAAAAAAUUUUUUUGUGUAAAAAAAAUAAAAAAAAUAAAAAAUAUGUGUACAUGUGUAAAUAGGAAAGAGUUAUAGCUGUGUAUAUUUGAGUUUAGUAACUUAAGAGACUUUUUUAUUUUUAUUAUUAUUAUUGUUGUUAUUGUUAUUAAUAAGAAUAAUAUUUCUGUCGAAUAUUUUUGCUCCAUUUUUUUAUAAUGUCAUUCCUAUUAUUUAUGUUGGCUCAAAGCUUUUUUAAAAAAAUUCUAUAUAUAUAUAUAUAUAUAAAUAUAAAUAGAGCCCGAUGGGAGCGCUCCGGAUCGUGAUGUUUGUGUUUGUUUUUGCUCUGAUGUCUGGAAUCAGGAAUCUGGAUCUGACUUUGAAUCUGAAAAGAAUUUCUUCGAAUGAAAAUAUUUUACUUUGCAAAGUUUCGUUUCCUGAUUUUUUGCCUUUAUUUUUAUUUUUAAAAAGGACGUAUCACUUUAAAUAUUCAACGACUUUUUAUUUUUUCCCCUCCUAGGCAGAUUUUUAUUUUCUCCAGUUGUUUCUGUUUUUAUUUUGGAACCAAAAGUGAAUCAGCAGUUCAUGACAUUAAAAGAACUUCUAUAAUAAAGACUGACAGAAUUUUCUUUCUAUCCUCACACACACACACACACACACACACACACACACACACACACACACACACACACGUGAUAUGGUUUUAGAUGUAUUUUUUCAAACAAAUAUACAGUAUAUUAAAAAAUAAAGAUUAUAUUUUUAUUAUUAAAAAUUAACAUGUGGUAGAAUUUUCUUCUUCUGCUUCUUCUUCUUCUUCUUCUUCUUCUUCUUCGUCUUCUUUCUUACAUGGUGUGUUUGCACAUUUUUAAGUGGAUCUUCCUCACAUUAAAAACAAAAAACUUUUGUACAGAUAAGUCACAUCUUUUCAUCAGCAGGUUGAGUAAGUGCAGUAUGGAUUUAUUUAAUAAAUAAUUUUUAAUUAUUAUUUUUACAAUUAUUCUUGUAUUUUAUUUUUUUUAUUUUAUUUAAUAAAUAAAUUUUGUUACA